CACACACACGCAAACACACACAUGGGGAUGCUUUUCUGUUGAGGUCAAUUCAGUGCUGGGAAAUGGCAGCAGAUCUUCAACGGUUCUUCACCAUUCUGAAUCGAAGUCUGCAACUGACGAGAAACUCUGGGCAAAGUCUGGACGUCAUUUUGCUGCUAUGACAUUGAGCCCUGAUGUUGAUCCACUGAUUGAAACUGCCUUCAAGUUACCAUGGAUAAAAGCCAACAGCAACCAGUUUGGUCUAGUUAUUGAACACUCAGGAUGAAGUUGCAAUCCAUGUUACUGGUUUUAGUCUUACUGACUGGUUCAUGUUUCCAGCUUGUUAGUGGUGAUUUUGUGGCCUCAGAUGAACACUCUGACGAUAGACAAGUGGAGGAUGUACACCCCAGCAUCCGCACUGAAACAAACGCAGACGACCCGGAUGUGCACAGGGAAACAAACUGGGAUGUACCAGAUAUGAGCGAGGACAACUAUGGCGAUGCUGACUGGCAUCCGCCUUCCUCCCUGCUAGAAACACACUCUGACCUGACACCAGACGCUCCCUUGGUAAUUCGCAGCGACAACACCGGUCCUGAUGAUGGAACCAACCAAUCCUGGAACCAGACUGUUGGCAGUUCAUCAACACAUUGUGGCGAGUUCAGCAGCCAGUUGACCUCUAAUGGUCAGUGCCGGCUGACAGCGAACCUGCCUCCGGUGGGAACUUCGCAAAAACGCUGCCCAGACAUGUUUCGAUGUACAGAUGAUGUCUCUUAUUGGCUCAAUGAGAACCGGAACAGGAAGGAGCAGCUGAAGGAGCUCAGGGAGACGAUGUCCGAGCUGCAGGAAGAGCUGAGGAACCACCGACAUCGAGUCAAAGCCCUGGAGAUGCAGAAUGAAGAAAGCCUUAAUCUAAACUUGACCUUCCACCAGCGGUUGCGUUCUCUGGAGUUGCGUCACGCCGAGGCCGACACGCUGCUCCACGUUCAUGCGGCACUGCUGCACGAGCUGCAGGCGCAACUACGCAACCUGUCAGCUACCGUGCGAGGCAUGAACCGCAACACUGGCUGCACGGUCAGCAUGGUCAGAGCCACGCCGCCACUCGGCAUGCGAGACACACUGCCACCAGAUGGACAGUACCUGUCUUUCUGUCCAUCCGACUGUGCGUCUCUGUUUCAUAAUGGUGUUCGUCGUUCUGGCGUUUACACCAUUGUGAUGUCGCCAGGCGGCACCCUCCCUGUCUACUGCGACAUGGAGACAGAGGGUGGGGGCUGGACAGUAUUUCAGAGGCGCCGCGACGGUUCAGUGAGUUUUAACCGCGCCUGGUCGGAGUACCGCGAAGGCUUUGGUGAGCCGCGAGGAGAACACUGGCUGGGCAACCAACACCUCCACCUGCUGUCCAACCAGGGAUCCUACAGCCUCCGCAUCGACCUGCAGGACUGGGGCCACGCCCACAGACACGCCCUCUACCACACCUUCAGGAUAGAGGAUGAGGAGAACCACUAUCGCCUCCAUGUGUCCGGUUUCAGCGGGACUGUGGAGGAUUCGUUUGGUUGGUAUCACGACCAGCAAGGUUUCAGCACUCCAGACACCGGCAACAUCUGUGCCGAGAUCAGCCACGCUGGCUGGUGGUUCCGCCAGUGUUUCUACGCCAACCUCAACGGUGUCUACUACAAGGGGGGGCGCUACUCUCUGAAAGCUCAGAACCUGCUGGGGCCGGAUGGCAUCGUCUGGUUCUCCUGGAAGGACUCAGACUUCUACUCUCUGAAGGCGGUCACCAUGAUGAUACGACCACGCAACUUCAGACCACGCCUGUCGCCAUAGUGAUGGAGCCUUGUCACCAUUCAACAACUGUUUCUAACCAGAAACCAAAAGACGAAUGACUUCAAAGACUCUAAAGGCAGCCAGAAGUACUUACUAGAGCAAUGAGUUUGUAUUGAUCCACUGCUGAAAAUAGUCGCUGACAAAUGCAUCCUCCUGUAACUGUUCCUAAAAUCUGCAGUCACCAGCUCUUUUAGGAAGUUACAGAGCAUUUUUAAGUAAAAUUAUAUAUUUUUUACCUUUUUUUUAAAGUUUUUUUUUCUUUUUUAAUUGGUCUGCAUUUAUUCUCAUUGUUUAACUCCACAAAAGAGGUGUCAGCAUUUUGUGAGAUUGAUGCAUAUUUUAGUCUUGCAGCCAAAUAUUUUAAUAUUUAGUGUAUGUGUGUGACCAUCACCAGCCCUCCCUGAAAGCAGACAUUCUUUAUUAGAAUUCCCUAUUAUGAGCGAGGGAGGGCAGUGCUACACCUCAGUGAUGUGUGGGGGAAACAAAGACUGGACAGGACGAACAGGACGAACAGGGAUAGAAACUAACAGGUGGUGCUAUUACAAUUGAAGAGUGUCAGGUGCUGUGUUAUUCCUGACUACUGAUUGCCCAUCAAUAAAAUAAAUUCAACAAAUAAACGGUAUUAAACACCAUAAUUGUGGAUGUCUUGACAGUAUAGAAUAGAAUAAGCCGGAAGAGGAUACUAGUGAAAGAGAGAAUGAGUUUAGUGUAGAGACUCUGGAGAGAGUCUCAGCACAUUCUGCCGGGUCCGAUCAUUUGUCAACAAUGGGACUCGACAGGAGCUGGCGAGACCUGAUUAAACAUGAAAGUGUGAAGGACCCCGAAGCCCAGAACAGCAAUCAUGGCAAGGCAGGGCCAAGCCAACAGGGCACCACUUCCCUCAGGCCGCAGGAGCCACAGGGCGGCACCCCCAGAGAGCCACCGUGAACCACGAAGACCCCUGGUAGAUAUUUGUGUCUUCAGCAGGCAGUGGUUUAGAGUAACUAAGUACAUUUAUUCAAGUACUGGACUUUUGGUGCUUGUACUUGAGUAUUUCCAUUUUAUGCUGCUUUCUCCUUCUACUCAUCUACAUUUCAAUGGGAAAUUUUGUACUUUCUACUCAUAUCACAUUUUUCUGAAAGCUUUAGGUUAUUUUUAAGUACAGGAACCAAACUAGGACUUUUCCUUAAAUAUUUUUAACUAUAUUUUGCUGCUACUUUUACUUACAUUGGAUGUUUAAUGCAGGACUUUUACUUGUAAUGAAGUUUUUUUAAUUUGUUGUAUUAAUACUUUUUUUUGAAGUGCAGGAUUUUUACAGACAAGAAACGAUAGCUAGUACUGAAAGGGCACCAUGUGGUUGGUUUGAAGGAAUUCAAGAGCAAAUACAGAUUUAAAGUGGUCAUUAAGUACCAAAAAUACCUGAAUAAUACCUCAUUUCACAGCCAAUAUCCAGCAAUCUAAUAUGUAAAUAGUAAAACUGUUAUUUUUAUGCCUUGGUUUUUAAAUAAACGAUACAUGUUAAUGAGUGAGCUUUAA